AUGGACCAGGCCAAGCUGGGCCAGGCUGUCCAGGCUGGGCCGUUCCAUGCCAGAUGGCCGGGCCGAGCUGGGCCAGGCUGUUCCAGGCUGGGCCGUGCCAGGAUGGGCCGGGCCGAGCUUGGGCCAGGAAUGCGCCGGUUCCCUGGGCCAUGGGCCAGGCUGGGCCGUGCCGCGGAUGGGCCAGGGCCAGGGCUGGUCCAUUGCCAGGAUUGGCCCGGUGCCGAGGGAUGGGCCGGGCCGGGCCGUGCCGGGUCGCCAGAAAUGAGCCCGUUUCCAGUAAUGACUAUGCUUCGCUCGAUCGAAGGACUCCUUGAGCCUUCGUCUUCCGCAUCCUCAGAUUCUGACCUUCAAGUGUCCUCUAGCUGCUCCGAGGGACCUCACGUUCCUCCUCAGAAACUUCCUUAUAAUAUUAUCCCCCUGCUGUCCAUAUCUACCCGUUGCGGGGAGCCACCACCUGCAGUUCACUGUGUUCGCAAGUCUUUGCUUUUUGUAUUCACCUCCUGCCCUCUUUCUCCUCCCCCCUCCACCCCUUCCUCCUCCUCCUCCCCCUCCUCCCCAUCCCCUCCUCGUCCUCCACCCCAUCCCUUCCUCAAAAGCCGCUCCUCCUCCUCCAACCCAUCCCCUCUUCCUCCUUCUCCAUCCUCCCAUUCCCAUGCUCAUAACCCCUCCUCCCCUCCUCCUCCUACCCCCAUCCACUCUUUCCUCCUUCUCCUCUUCCUACCCAUCCCAUCUUCUCCUUCUCCUCCUCCCAUUUCCUCCUCAUAA